ACUUAUUACCUGGAAGAGUCAACUUCUCCGUACCUGGGAGUUCACCGUGAAGGUUAGGCGGGCUCUCACUCUUGGACUGACAGCAUCAAUUUCGAUGUUUUUAACAGCUGGAUGUUUUUAUCCUCUUUCAGCAAUGGCGACAAAGAGGCAGUUUGGAUGGCGAAAGCUGUUUCUGAUCCUCACAGUACUGCCCUGCUGCAGGAGCUUAGAGGUUUCAAUUCCACAGAAAGAAUAUGAAGUCGCAAGAGGAGGCAAUAUUACGUUGACCUGUUCCUUCAUCCCAGCCCAACCAGACGCCGUCCCAGCCGUCCUCACAUGGGAAGCUUUCGCUGACAAUCCUACUGAGCCAAUGAAACCUGUGGCCAGCUUCUUCUCGACGGGUGUGAUUAACAUUGCACCUGGUUAUGAAGGCAGAGUCUCUGUGGAGUAUGACAAUAUCAACCAUGUGAGCACACUCCAUUUGACCAAGGUGAUCAUGCAGGACAGCCGUCGAUACCAGUGCGGUGUCUUAAUCCCCAAUGAUGAUGAGGGAACAACAGCUGCCAUCACUUCCCUUUUGGUCCUGGUGGCUCCCUCUGUGCCGAUCUGCAGCAUCCAGGGAAAAGCAGAGUACGGGCACAACAUCAGCCUCACCUGCAUGUCUGAGGAGGGAUCCCCAAAACCCACCUAUAAAUGGGCGAGCUACAGUGUUAAAAAUGUUCCCAGAGACCUUCCACCUAGGUCAUCUGAAAAGGAUGGAGUUCUAUCUCUCUACAAUAUUUCAAGAGAGAUGUCAGGGUUCUACAUUUGCACAUCAACAAAUCGAAUCGGUUCUGCCAGUUACAACCUCACCUUAGCCGUGUUGCCUGGUAGCGUAGGAGAGGCGUCUAUUGCAGUUGUAAUUGGAGGAGUUGUCGCAGGUCUCGUGCUUCUGGGGAUUCUCAUCUUCUGUUGCUGCCGGAAAAAGGGCAAAAAGAACAAGUCCGCUGAUAGAGAUGUGCAGUUUUUUGACAGAGAUGAGUCGGAAGCUGGAGAGGAGUACUGGGAUGACAUGUCACACAGCGAGACAAAGAAGCACAAGCCGUAUGAAGACAAAGGCGCUGUUCCUCAAAACAAUUACAUCGCAGGACCAGAUAGACACAAGUUGGAUGAUGAUCAACACAGUUAUAGUGGUAAAGAAACGAUUGAUGUCAAGGGCAGUUAUACUGACUCUCAACGUAACCAGGACGACCAGCAUGAUGACUAUCGUGGUAGUCGUGAUCGCCUUGACGAUCAACGUGAUCGUUACGGUGGCAGUCGUGAUCGCCUUGACGAUCAGCGUGAUCGUUACGGUGGCAGUCGGGAUCGCCUUGAUGAUAAACGUAACUAUUACAGUGGAAGUCGUGACAGGCUCGAUGAUCAACGCGAUCGUUAUGGUGGAAGUCGUGAUCGCCUUGACGAUCAACGCGAUCGUUCAGGUGGAAGUCGUGACCGCCUUGACGAUCAACGCGAUCGUUACGGUGGAAGUCGUGAUCGCCUUGACGAUCGACGCGAUCGUUACGGUGGAAGUCGUGAUCGCCUUGACGAUCAACAAGAUCGUUACGGUGGAAGUCGUGAUCGCCUCGACGAUCAACAAGAUCGUUACGGUGGAAGUCGUGACCGCCUUGACGAUCAACGCGAUCGUUACGGUGGAAGUCGUGAUCGCCUCGACGAUCGACGCGAUCGUUAUGGUGCCAGUGAUCGCGACGGUCGCAGUCGCGAUCGCCCUGACGAUCAACGCGACCGUUACGAUGGAAGUCGUGACCGUGUCGUUUACAAGGACGAUCAAUACAGAAAUUGAUAUGAAUAAUUUGUUACUGAAUGCUCUUUUGAAAUAUUUUGUUUCUUUUUAUGAUGCAUAAAAAGGAGUGUCUCAUCACAUCAUAAAGAGCAAUUCUGGGAAAUGCCAUAAAUUCUCAUGUAAAAGCCGGUAUUAAAAUAAUAACGGGCGUUUCGUCCAACACAAACAAUUAAAGGCCAGGUAAACAACACUGAGGGGGUUCACCUGGUAUAUUUAGCAUGAUGAGUAUUUCGACUGCACUAAUUUACUUCAAUAACAGUCGUGUUGUAGUCACUGCUCUGCUGAUCUUACUCUGCUUUAAAGCAUUCAUGUUUUAAUUAAUUGUUUUAAACAAUCCCAGCUGUUUUUUCGUUACCCUACUCCUGUUCAAUGCCAGCUACCGUCCACAAAACUCAACACUUUCAUGUUUUUUCAUAUUAAAGGCCUCCCUAUAAAGGAAGGCUGCAAGACUUUUACUGUGAAAAUUCUGGAUAAAGUACACAGUAUCAUUCACGGUACCUUGACAUGGUUGGGUAGAAGUGGAACAUCUGACAUGACUCUUGCUAUACUGACAGUUAAUACUGAAUUUAUCAAGUAAGGUAAACAGGUAAACAUGGUUAAACCAAAUUAACUUGACAACUUUUGACCCUGAACACCAAUCACAGUGUGACCUGAAUAAAACAACAUUAUACUUAAAGUGGUAAACAAAAUUGGUCAUAUAAUGUAUUGGUGUCCUAAUAUAAGAGGAUAAUUGAUUUGAGUCGUUUACUAAAUAGGCGCAUCACCCAUAGUCUCUAUUGUUGACUGGGAGCAUUAAUCAGACUGGGUUGUAGUUAGCCAUGUUAUAACCUGACAAUAACAUUUUUAGCAUGAAUUGUGCUUGUUUGUAUAUCCACGAAAACCUGCCCAAAUUUCACAAAAUGUAAGUUGUCACAUUUAGGGUACAUGACUACUGCAGUAAUUCCAGCAUUGUCGUUAAAACAUUAUUUAUGAAAAUUCUAGUCACUCCAUCAUGUAAACUGUGUACAUUAUCUUUUAUUUUAAGAGUUCUUAGUUUUUGAAUCGAAGUAAUGAAUGUUCUAAUUUUAUUUCUAAUGUGUGUGGUAAACAUCUUUGUACAGCCAAACUAAUAACAUUUGUGCUUUGGUGUGUUUUUGUGGCAGUUUAUACUGAAAUUAAGUUUACUUGAAAGAUUUUAGCUUUUUUUAUUUCUAUGUUUUUGUGUGAUAAAUGAUUCCUAUUGAAUGUAAGCACUGCAUUUUUCAUAUGAAUCAAAGUCAA